CAGCAUAGUUUUAGUGUUUCAGGUAUGAACAUCGCACUUUUUGUUGCAUUUCUCGUUACAUCCGUGGGUGCAGUUGUUCUGAGCGCAUGGACGUGUGGUGAUACACAUUGGCUUGAAAACGGAGCAAGUAGUAUUGGAAUAUGGAGAAAUUGUGCUGGUGGAACAUGUGAAUAUAUUGAUUCGGGCGAUGGUGGGAGGACUGCUGCAGCAUUCUUGAUACUGGCUUGUUUUCCCCUGUCAUCUCUAGCUAUAAUGACGAUGACAAAUCGGAAGAAUGAAAAAGGAUGGUUUCCCAUUUUUGCUGCCGUGUCAUUCAGUAUUUCAGCUGUUUUUAUCUUGAUUGCUGUAGCAACGUAUGGUGGUACCUACGCCAAUUCUAACCUGUUGUCACAAGGCUACAAUUUAGGAUACAGUUAUGGUCUUGCUUGUGGUGGUCUGGGAUUGUGUUUGAUAGGAAUUGUUCUCGGGUUCGCGAGCAAGGGAGGACAAGAACAAAUCGGAUGAAAUAUCAGAAUGCUUUGAAAUAUCUUAAUUGUUUUUUUUAGUUUGUUACUUAUAGACUACUAUCUCGUGAUUUGCACAUGUUAUAUUGUCGAUAAAGACGGAUUCCAGGGAUUUUAUUUUAGUAGAAUACUCGAAUUUUUACCUAAUAGCGCUUCUAACCUGAUUGUUUACUGUAGUUUGAUAAAAUAAUAAUAAAUUUGAACAAAAGUAAAUUGU